AGUGCCACAAAAACAGCCACCCUGACAGGGUUUCUCCUUGAACCAGGGGGUGACCAUGACCUGCUGUGAAGGAUGGACAGCCUGCAAUGGAUUCAGCCUGCUGGUUCUACUUCUGUUGGGAGUAACUCUCAAUGCAAUACCUCUAAUUGUCAACUUAGUGGAGGAAGACCAAACUUUUAAAAACCCCAUCUCUUGCUUUGAAUGGUUGUUCCCUGGGAUUAUUGGAGCAGGUCUGAUGGUCAUUCCAGCAACAACAAUGUCCUUAGCAGCGAGGAAAAGAGCAUGCUGCAAUAACAAAACCGGGAUGUUUCUUUCAUCACUUCUGAAUGUGAUCACAGUCAUUGGAGCUGCAUACUGCCUGACGGUGUCCAUCCAGGCUCUCGCGGAGGGCCCUCUCAUUUGUAACUCUCAAGGCAACAGAACUUCCAGUUGUGAAUUUUCAUUUAAAAACUUAACUGCCAUUCAUCCAGAAUCCUUCGAUCUGCAGUGGUUCUUUGACAACUCUUGUGUUUCUCCUACGGAUCUCAAUAAUCCCUCCAUCAACAACACAACAGCCAGUAACUGGAGAACAUACAGCUUACACUUCAAUUCUAUAGAAAACAAACAUAGGAUUAUCCAUUUCUCAGUAUUUUUAGGUCUACUGCUUGUGGGCAUUCUUGAGACCCUGUUUGGUCUCAGUCAGAUACUCAUCGGCUUCCUUGGCUGUCUGUGUGGAGGAGUCUCUAUGCGAAGAAACCGAAUUGUGUAGUUUAAUAAUAAUAAAAUGGAAAUACUAGUUUGAACCAUUUUAGAAUGACAUUUAAAAGACAUGCUUUUAGAAAUUCAAUAAUGGAACAUUAUCUAGAAAGCUGUGGAUGAGUCAGUUUAAUCCAAAGGUUUUUUUUAAAGUCACCUUUGAUGUACUUAAAAAACAAGUCAAGCUUUCACACUUAAGCAUGUUGGUAAAUGCACAUUUUCAUAUGGAAA